CAUCGGUUACCCACAAGCACAUACCUUCACUCUCUCCUACACUCUUCAUAUUUCACCAAUAUCAUGCUAUCUGUUUAUUCAUUUAUUUUUUGCAUGCCUUCGUUGUCAAAAAAUAAAAAGACACAACAUUUGAGACACUGAAACUCUGCAAAUAAUCUUGUCUAUUAGUUAAUUCUUUGCAUGUCAUGACCCGCUAUUUCUCUCAUCUUGGUUACAUGAUCUCUCUGUGUCUGUAGAAAGGGUUGCAGUGUUAUCAUUGGAGUGUAUUUUGUUUUGUUUUUUUUUUUGGAUUUCUAACGGAGUUUCCUUGAUUGUGGCUGUAUAGAACAAGUGGGUUUUUGAGGUUUUAUUCAAUUGGGUCGUUUUGCGCUGAUGGGUUCUACAAGAAGGCUUAGAAAGAGGAGAAAGACAGAGAUAAAGGUUGAAGAGAAUGGUUUGGGGAAAGAAGAGUAUGUAGAUUGGUGGUUUGAGUUCUCCAAGAGGAUUAAUGGUAUACCGUCUUCUUCAAAUGGCUUUGAUAGUUUUGAAUCUCUUUUCAAGUUUUCAAGAAGAACAUUCGAUUACAUAUGUUCACUUGUCAAGGCAGACAUGCUGGCCAAGAAAGCGCAUUUGACGUUUACAGAUGGCCAGCCUUUGUCGUUGCCUGAUCAGGUAGCUGUUGCUUUGCGGAGGCUGAGCUCUGGUGACUCUCUGGCAGCAGUUGGUGAUUCACUUGGGUUGAACCACUCGACUGUUGCCCAAGUAACCUGGCGUUUUGUGGUGGCCAUGCAAGAAAAGGGUCAUUGGCACCUGCAGUGGCCUUCCACAGAAGCAAAAAUGACUGAAAUUAAAUCCAAUUUCGAGAAAAAAUUAGGCCUCCCUAAUUGUUGUGGUGUGAUUGAUACCACUCAUAUCUUGAUGUCUUUGUCAACCUUAGACCCUGCUAGCGAGAAGUGGCUUGAUCACGAGAAGAAUCACAGCAUGUUAUUGCAGGCAAUUGUGGAUCACUCUAUGAGGUUCUUGGACAUAGUCACUGGAUGGCCAGGACAAUUAGAAGAAUGGGCAGUGUUUGAAAGUUCUGGUUUCUGCAAACUAUGCAACGAAGGAGAAAGAUUGAAUGGGAAGAAACUUGAGCUUUCAGAAGGAUUGGAAAUAGGGGAAUAUUUAAUAGGGGAUGCUGCCUACCGCUUGCUGCCUUUUCUCGUGACUCCUUACCAGAAGGGAAAACUUCCAGUGUUAAAGGCUGAGUUGAACAAACGGCUUUCUGCUGCUCAGAUGGCGGCACAGAUGGCAUUAGCUAAGUUGAAGGAGAUGUGGAGAAUCAUCGGAAGUGUCUUGUGGAGACCCGAUAAGAAUAAGUUGCCGAGGAUCAUUCAUGUCUGCUGCAUUCUUCAUAAUAUCAUUAUUGAUAUGGAGGAUGAGAUGCAGUACGAAAGGCCUUUGUUCUAUGACCAUGACCCUGGCUACAGGCAGCAAAUUUGUCAGAGAGUUGACACAAAGGAUGUUGACCUCAGAGAUAACCUGUCUUUGUGCUGCUUUGGAGAAUUUCAACCUCAACAAAUUAUCAAAUCAGACUAAAGAUGCACCAACAGGGCAACCUGCCAAAAGAAGAAAAUUUUAUAUGUUCUUUCUUAAUGAAUUUUGUGAGGAUCUCAGUAAUAUUUUCUUUCAACUGAACGGAACGGAGUUUGAUGAUGGAUGAUUGAUCAUUGAUUUAAACUGGAUUUAUGAUGGGAUAAUUUCAUGCCUUUAGUCUUUUCUCUAAGAGCAUAU